AUGGUCGGGGUGGUAAUUAUUUAUAGAGCCGAGGGGUUGAAUGUCAUACGAAGUACUUCGCAAGACAGCGGGCCGACCGCUCUACGAGCUAGGAGCUACAAAUUCUGCGGCUCUGGUAUUGCAGGACUUUGCGACUCGCCUCCAGGAUCGGCAGGGCAGGCCCACCCUUCCUUCUCUCCAAGGCUAAUUGCCGAUGCCGUCUUAGCGAACCCGACCCUUGAUGGAAGACGAGCCGCACCUUCCUUUACUGUUGUACGUCGUACGUGUACAUACAUAGACAGUUAGGCGGUACCUAAUUAAUUUUCUUUCUUGGGCCUGACGAUGAUUUAUUUCAGCAAGUAAAGAUUCUCCACUCACUGGAGGAGGCCUGGCGCACGCCAUGUAUAACCUGAAAGGGAAGACAAGCACUAAAAGUCCGAGCAAAGGUUAAGACGAGUCAAUAACCGCCAGGAAGAGUUUCGCGCAUCCGAUCCUUCGUUUUAUUUUCUCCCGUUGUUCAGACAUGCAAACAUCCUAACAGCCAUCCAUCGCAACACAGAGAUGGACUGGCCUUCCCUUAUUUCUUUCUUUCUCACUGUACCUACCUAAUACUGUCGCUUGCAUGUUUCCAAUUUAUCACGUGGGGCGCGGUCAACUUUACCAGGUUGUCGGUCCACUAAUUAACUGACUGAUGUCUUUCUUGUUCUUUUGCCUUUGCCAUGUCUCCG